GUAACAGCAGAUAGCAGGAAUAGUAUUAGAGAGGAGCGAACGAACUUGAUAGGUAGCCAUAGGUUUCACUGCAGCUACCCCUUCCUCUUCUCUUCCUUUUCUUUUUAUUCGCUAUAAUAUUAUAAACUCUGAUCUGAUCGAUCAGUCGCGUUGUAUAACUAUUGUAUUGUAUGUCUCCACGGAGAAGUUCGCCGGUGGUUGCCGCCCGGAAAAAUAAGGCGCCGCACCCCUCGCCGUCUCCCCGUCGUAGGACCAAGAGCAAGUCGAGGCCUAUCAAGAUCCUGAAGCGCUGUUCGUCGGCUCCUCUGCUUUCAAGCCAUGAUAACAGCGAUGCUGACGUUGACGGCCAUUAUUCGAGGAGGAGCGGAGGAGGGUCGUUUUUCCGCCCUAAAACCUUUUCAGAUGCCUUUCUGUCUUCCCCUUCCCCCUUUUCCUCUCCACGGAUUCACACUAAACAGAGUUGUAUAUGUGAUAAUAAAGAGGUACGAGAAAGAAGCUAAGGUGGUAGUUAAUGUGACCGUUGAGGGAAGUCCUGGGCCAGUCCGAACCAUGGUUAAACUGGGGUCCAGUGUGGAGGAUACUAUCAAGCGUGUGGUCGAUAAAUAUACAGAAGAAGGCAGGAGCCCCCAGAUCGAUCCUAAUAUGGCUUCUUCAUUCCAAUUGCAUCACUCCUAUUUCAGUCUCCAGAGUUUGGAUAAAUCACAAGUCAUUGCGGAUGUGGGUAGUAGAAGUUUUUAUCUGCGGAAGAAUAAUGAUGCAUCUUCAUUUCGUUGGGGAAGUGCUCCCGAAAUAUUCACACGUGGCUCCACUCCAUCCAUCGCAAAUCCUCCAUUGCUGAUCCCUUCUUUCAUUGCCCGCAAGAUUAGCAAAAUUGUAAGAAGAGCUCACCGCCUUUGGAACAUUGUGCUUUGCUCACAGUGAGGACAUUCAAAAGCCCUGUAUUCUCUGGGCUACUUCAAUCAAUGAUAGGAAAAGCCAACGAUUUUUUAUCUGUUGCUUUUCAACCCUUCAUUUCCACUUAUCUAUGGUUUCAAUAUAUUUUUUACUUCUGUAAAUAUUUCAUUUUUAGUUUUUGUAACUUUUUUUAGUCUAUGUAGAUGCUAGAUACUGUGCUAGACUUUUUGUUUUUACUUUCUCUAUGUCCAUUACAAAAAUAUUUAUGUAAGUUAUAUAUGAUGCCAUCAAGUACUGUGUUAUUAAAAGAUGACAUCACAUUACCAAAAUUGAUACAACACCAUAUUAGCUUGA